CGACGGUACGCGGCUCUUAUUUGUUUCGUACACGGUAUAACAGUACUCCCGACUCUCAGUUGUCUUCGUGCGUUCGCGUCAGUCGUGGUCGUGAGCAGUCGUGAGGUUCGUUCUCGAUCGAAGUCACUUGUGAGAGGCGUCUCUCUCUGCGUUUGAAGGAAUAAUCAGGGACAGAAGUCCGCGAUAGAAAGGAAGAAAACGACGAAAGCUCGAACGCAGCAUGGCACGUACCAAGCAGACAGCUCGUAAGUCAACGGGUGGAAAAGCACCCAGGAAGCAGCUCGCCACCAAAGCGGCGCGUAAAAGCGCGCCGUCCACUGGAGGCGUCAAGAAGCCGCAUCGUUACAGGCCUGGUACUGUAGCCCUGAGAGAAAUCCGAAGAUACCAGAAAUCUACCGAGUUGCUCAUCAGGAAAUUGCCGUUCCAGCGUCUGGUUCGUGAAAUCGCCCAGGAUUUCAAGACCGAUCUGCGUUUUCAGAGCGCCGCGAUAGGCGCCCUUCAGGAAGCGUCGGAAGCUUACCUGGUCGGCCUGUUCGAAGACACGAAUUUGUGCGCCAUUCACGCAAAACGUGUCACGAUCAUGCCAAAAGAUAUACAGCUGGCACGGCGAAUUCGCGGUGAACGCGCUUAAACAUCCACCAUUUGCGAAUACACCAAGCGUUCUAAUUUUAUUAUUAUUUGGAUAUUGGUAUGUUUCCACAUCAUCUAAAAUUUUCUUGACUCUCUUCCAUAUACUAUUUAUCAUAGUUGACACUGCCAACCGCUGUAAUAGACAUCAGAAAAAGACAUGAGAAGAAACGCGCGAGUCAUUGGACUAAUUUAAUGAGACUAUAUGUGAUUCAUACAAUGAUAAAAAAAAGAUUAAAAAGGCUAAAAAAUUAAAAAAACGAGAAUUUGAUUUUGAUAUAAGCAUGAGAUCACAAGAACAAUUAGUUUUUUUUACAUUUGGAUAUAUCGCAAGAUUAAAACUUACAGCAAUAUAUCGCAUAGAUUUCACGUACCUUUUUCGUAGAACGCCAGGUUUUAGCACUUUAUUUUAAAUCGUUACUCACCGUAAAUCAUCGCGUUUCACAAGAGUGAAACAUCGCUGUUACACAGAUUUUUUCUUUGAUUCUACAAAAUUUAUUCAAAUUUCUAAGCACCUUUCCUACAAAGGGAUUUAUCUACAGUCAAUGACUACUAGAGAAGGUAGUUUAUUAGUUGUUUAUUGGUAAUGAUAUUACACCAUACACGUAGCUCGUUUUCCAUUUAGUCCUCACGUGUUAGAAUUAAAAAAAUCUACCUGUAGUGGAUAAUAUCAGAACAUCCAUUCAUGAAUAUAUUAAUUGUAAGCUUAGAAAACAAGUGUUUUAUGUGAGAGAGAUGUAAAACAAGUUCUGUAAUUCAACGAUUGAUCAUUAUGCAAAGAUGCGGAGUGAAGUUGCGAUUGUUUAAUCGUUGAUUUACAAAACCCGAAUUAAAAAAUUAAAAAAAAAACCUGUAUGCAUUAAUAUAUAUUAUAUAAUAUACACACAUAUUAUUGAAAAUGCGGUAAGAGAGUUGCGAUUGGCAUUGCGCAAAAUAAUAUUUUUGUUUGCAGGAAUAUUUGCAAGAUAACAUUAUUACCGAAUUAAAAGAUACGUGUGUGGCAUGUUUUUUUUUUUGCUUUCUGGCUGAUUUGACACAAAUUAUUAUUGUUUAUUAACUUGAGUAGAACGGUUUUUGAUAGUUUUUCAUCCCAAGUGCAUCUCUCUUGUCGAAUUCACAAUUAUAGGUUGUAAUUAUCUUUACUAUUAUAGCGUUAUUAAUCUGAAGAAUGUGUAACAAUACUAUAAAAUACAUUUUCUAAUGGAU